CUUUCUUUGCCCGUGACCUGGGUGGUGAGAGCAAGAAACGCAUGCGCUUGGUCAGCGCCGACCGUUUCGAGUCUGCAAAUGCCGAGGACGGCCGGCUCCUCGUCAGUCAACGUCGGUGCUCCGUCGGAUGCACACUCGCCCGCCAGACGCGCACCUCCCGCGCCCCACACACCGAACACGAAAACACACACACACACUCACUUGCUCGCCGCCGUCUCUGCCACUAUGAGGUCCCGCACCAAGUUUAAGCUAAACGUUUCUGGAUAAAAGUGGGGUGGUGAUGCGCGUGCUGCUGCUGGUGCUGCUGGCGUGGCCAUGCUGCAGCUCCAACCUGUCGAGUCCGCGGGCCCUGCGGGCCGGGCCGCCGGAGCACGUCAUCUCCCUGCUGGGCCUGUUCGAUCUGACGACGACGACGGGGGAGGCGCGGCCUGAGGGGCGCAGCGAGCUGGAGGCGGCCAGAAUGGCCGUCAAGCACAUCAAUCUGUACUCGUCGAUGCUGCGCGGCUACAAGCUGCGGCUGCUGUACAACGACACCAAGUGCGACCCCGGUGUCGGAGUGGACGCCUUUUUCCAUGCCCUCUACACGCGGCCCUCCACCAAACUGCCGAUGCUUCUGGGAAGUGCUUGUUCCGAGGUCACCGAAAGCUUGGCAAAAGUCACGCCCUACUGGAAUAUUGUUCAGGUCUCGUUCGGGUCAACAUCGCCAGCUCUGAGUGACCGACGCGAGUUUCCCUUAUUCUACCGCACCGUGGCCCCCGAUUCGUCGCACAAUCCUGCACGGCUGGCUUUCGUCCGCGGCUUUGGCUGGGACACAGUCACGGCCCUCAGUCAAGACGAAGACGUUUUCACGCUGGCCGUGAACGACUUGGUGACGGAGCUCGAGGAGGCCAACAUCACGUGCACGGCCACCAUCACUUUCUCGGAAAGCGACUUUAAGGACCAGCUGCGCUACCUGAGGGAUUUGGACACCAGGAUUAUAAUCGCCAGCUUCUCGCACAAAGUGGCGCCCAAAAUCUUCUGCGAGGCGUAUCAGCUCGGCAUGUACGGCUCUGAUUACGCGUGGAUUCUGCAGGGAAGCCCGCUGGACGGUGCGUGGUGGGCCGAUGUCUCCAAGACUGACUGCUCGCAGUCGGCGCUCAAGGCCGCCGUCGAGGGACUCAUCCUCGUCUCCAGCCACAACAGCAUCGUCGGCUCGGAGCCCUCCCUUUCAGGACUGACGAACGCCAAAUUUGAGGAAGAGUUCCGGCAGCGUGGUCUGCCGAUCACGCGUUACACGCCGCAAACGUACGACGCCGUGUGGGCCAUCGUGUUGACGCUGCACAAAACGGAGUCGCAACGGCGCUCGCUCGGCCUCGCGCCAAUCUCCAACUUCGACUACGGCGACUGGCGGAUGGCACACGAGUUCCACAGGGAGAUGGCAAGCCUCGACUUCUUGGGAGUGUCGGGACCCGUUUCGUUCAGCGGAUCCGACAGAGUGGGCAUCUCGGCCUUCUAUCAAGUGCAAGGUGGCAUAGUGCAGAAGGUGGCCCUGUUCUACCCGUCCUCGGAGAUUUUGGACUUUGAGUGUCCGCAAUGCGAGCCACUGAGGUGGCAAGGAGGACAGGUGCCGAUCGCCAAGCGCGAGUUCCGCCUCAGGGUCGUCACGAUCGAGCGGACCGCGUUCUACAGCGUCGCCAGUCUCGCCGGCGCUGGAAUUGUCCUCGCCACUGUGUUCCUAGGGUUCAAUCUCUACUUUAGAAAGCUCAAAUACAUCAAGCUGUCGAGUCCCCGGCUGAACAACAUCGCCGUCGUUGGCUGCAUUCUCGUCUACACAGCCGUCAUUCUGCUCGGACUCGACCACGCCACGCUGCCCGCCGGCGGAACUUACUUCGCAAAUGUUUGCACGGCCAGGGCGUAUCUUCUAUCUGCCGGUUUCUCCCUCGCCUUUGGCUCAAUGUUCACUAAAACCUACCGUGUUCACCGGAUCUUCACAAGAAGUCAAAGCGGCGUCGUUAAAAAUAAGUUGCUGCAAGACACACAACUGAUUUCACUAAUUUGUGCGUUGCUGCUGGUGGACAUCCUGAUCGUGACGCUUUGGGUGUCAAUCGACCCGAUGCAGCGGCACAUGAGAAACCUGUCGCUGGAAAUUUCCGCCAUCGAACGCAGCGUCGUGUACCAGCCGCAGGUGGAGGUGUGCAGGUCGCAGCACACGAGUGGCUGGCUCGGCGCCCUCUACGUCUACAAAGGACUCUUGCUCAUCGUCGGUGUUUACAUGGCCUGGGAAACAAGACGAGUGAAAAUUCCUGCCCUAAACGACUCUCAGUACAUAGGCAUGAGCGUGUACUCAGUAGUGAUUACGAGCGGAAUAGUGGUGGUGCUGGCCAACCUGAUCUCGGAGAGGGCGACCCUGGCGUUUGUCACCAUCACCGCUCUAAUUCUGGCCUCCACCUCGACCACAUUAUGUCUUUUAUUUGUGCCAAAGAUUCACACGAUAUGGCUGCACCAGGACGAGGACCCCAUUGUGGAGAGCAUGGGCCUUAAGAUUGAGUGUAACACCAGAAGAUUCGUGAUAGACGAAACGCGGGAGCGCUACUACCGGGUGGAAGUUCAGAACAAGGUGUACAGAAGAGAGUUGGCCGCGCUGGACGUGGAAAUCAACAAGCUCGAGAGAAUGCUGAUAGAACCUCCGCCCUCGCCGACGACUUCCGUCUCCGUGAGCCACGGAAGCGUCUCCCUGCCCGGCUCACUCAAGGAGGACGACGGCAUGUCGGAAGGGGACGAGGCGGAGGAGGACUCGGAGGUGCGAUUGUCGCCGCUGCCGCGCCCCGUGCCGACGUACAACCCGAGGGGGGCAGCGGCGCUGCUGCUGAGCGUGGUGCCGUCGGUGGUGCCUAGGGCGAGUUGGCCGUGCGCGCAGGCCGCCGAGCGCCAACAGGUCACCUUCCGCUCCGAGCCGGAGCUGGACCAGGCGUCCGAGAACGAGGCCUCCUCCACCAGCGCGGUGGCCCUGCUAAAAAAGCUGCUGCCCCGCAUCUGGAAGCCCAGCAGGGCCAAGGCGAACCGCAGCGCCAUCGCCGCCGCGCUCAGGAUGCACGUCAACUACGUCACGGGUUUAGUGCCCGACCCCCACCCUGACCGUAAAUUCUCACUGAGCGCUUGCAUUGCCGCAGAGUCGCCGGCGGCGGGUGCGGUGGGUGGUGCGGGGGCGGCGGCGUUCCGCGAGCGGGCGCGCGGCUCGCCGCGCUUCCCGCACCGCAUUGUGCCGGCCGGCUCGGGCCUGCUGGCGCCGACGGCCCGCACCGGCAAGUGCCGCUCGCUCGACACCAGCAUCGACGCCGUGCUGUGCGUGCGCUGCGGCGGCGUGCAGGGCCGCAACGCAGCCGCCUGCGCCGGCUGCGCCCGACGCGACAAGCCGCGCGCCGCCAGCCUCAGCCCCAACUGCGACGUGUGGUGCGUCGAGCAGAACCUGGCCGCCGACGGAGAACUCACCAUCACCAUCCACAGGACAGAGUCGCAGUGCACCUGAACCUGACACGCGCCGAUCCAUCCCCCGCCACCCCUUCACCCCAAAUGAGUGCGAGUUUUUAACGGAGGCAUGCUCAAUAAUUUCGUUACUUUGCUCUGAAAUUUGUUUCAUUAUUUUCAAACGUACGUGGUUUCAAACCUAUCAACGCCCUUCUUUCGAAAGUUGUAAUGUUAGUUGUAUGAUGCAUUUAUUGUAUUGGGUGAUUAUUGAUGUAUCUACAGGUAAAAAAUAUUCAUUUGAUAACUUUUUUAUAUUUUGGUGUAUUUUGGUUAUAUGGAGGUGUCAAAAUGACCAAGCAAGUUGACCGAAUUUUUUGUUGUUUGUAGCAGAACAGGAUGAUCACAAGGACUAAACGUUUACUUUUGUACAAACCCCCUGUAUUGAAUUUUUAUAAAGUACAACAACAGAUGCCACUGAAAGACCGUCUUUGACGAAGUUUCUGAAUGCACGAAUCGAUUCUUGACGGUUGAAUUAGGAAAAGUGGAUAUUUUUCCGGCCAAAAGGUCCAGCGCGACUUGCGUAGCACAAGUAUUACUUUUUUCCCGCCAAAACAAUAUGAACCUAUGAUGCGGAAACUGCGCAUGCGUCAGAGCUGGCCGGCCGUCCAACCAGGCUGUUAUUGUUUUGGCGGGAAAAAAGUUAUGCUUGUGCUACGCACGUCGCGCAUGAUUUGUUGGUCAGAAAAAUAUCCACUUUACCUAAUUCGACCGGCAAGAAUCAAUUCGUGCGCUCAUAAACUUCGUCAAAGAUGGUUAUUAAGCGUAAACUAAACUACUUCCGCUGGCGGAGCAGAUGAAGUAGUAAUUUCUCUGUCAAGAUUUAUUACUUCACCUACUCCGCCAGCGCAAGUAGUUCCAUUUUCGCAACGAAACGGCGUCGUAUAUCAAAACUGAAAUUGCUUGAACCGUGUGUUGUACUCAACUUAAACUGUAAAAUUUUAAGUAAAACGUCGUAACCUAUAAGUUUCCCUGUCAGGAACGAUUUUAGGCACAUUUCCUGAACACCUUGAUGGCUUCUUAAUGGUCGAGCUGUACAUAUUCUGAAAGCUCUUGACUUGGGUGUUCCAACGUUUUUGACAUUUUGGCAAUUUAAAUCCAUCAGGUUUCGAUAAAAUGGAAAAUGAAUGAUUUCAACCACCCUGAUGUUCGAUUUCUUAUUUGAUCUGAAGGUCUUGUCUUGUUCUAAAGGUAAAAAUAAAGAACCGAUCGUUAAAUUUUAAAUUUCUCUCACAUUUCACCUGAACUAAAAAAUUCCCUUUUAAACUCAAUCAUUAUCUCAAAAAAUUAAAAAUAUGAGGCCUGUUUCAGCAAAUGUAACCCCGAUUUUUCAGAAAAAUGCAUAGAAUUUUACCACUAAACUUUUCGUUACUUUGACACCUCUAAAAAUCACACACAAAAGUUGCAGACGAUAUCAAAUCACUUGUUCUAUGUCAAAAUGUAAAAUGUUCAAAAGCCAUUUUAAACAGAUAUGGUGCUGCUUAGAAAUUUAGUUCAGGGAUUUUUUCAUAUAAUUGAUUCAGUUAGUUUAAUCGUCUGCCGUUGGCACCAAGGCGCAGCUAGAUUGCUGUUUGUGAUUAGCUAAUAAUUCCCAAAUAUAUAUUUUUAUAAUUACGUGAGAAUACUCUAUGACUUUAAACAUUACGUUAUAAAAUCGUGCUGAAUUUUAGUUUUACAAUUUUUAGAAAGUUUCCUUUUUUGUUCGAAUAUACACAACUCCAAAAAAUAUAUUUUUUCAAGGUGAAAUUUAACGUCAGUCUUUGAAAAACAAAAAACUGAAACGAUAAAAGCCAUUUUGUUGUCUCUUCGCUUCACUUGAUAAAUUUAGUUUGCAACAUAUCCGCACGUUGAUUGUGUAAAAGCAUGAUAUAAAAUUAAAUGGAAUCAUUUCCCUUGCAAGUCAAUUGAAACAAAUGUACAGUUUGAAAUUCUCUGCAGAAUCAGAUCAAAGUAUAGAGUGAUUAUUUUUUCGCGAAUAGGACAUCCAGGAAAAUGAUUUUAGAGAGAAAAUGAGAUAAUAGCGACCUUGAUUGCAUUCAGAACGCGACGCUUUUCAUUAAGGAAAAACUCUCCUUGAAAAAGGGAGCCGAUGCCUGGUGCAUCCAGGGUGCAUUUUUAUCGCGAGUGUGCAUGUAAACGAUGGCAAUAAAAACGUAUAGAAUCUCCCAGGGCCACCAUUACUGAUCUCGAAUUAAUUAAUUAUUCUCAUAAUUUGCAUAUUUUCCGUCCUAGGAUUAGGUUUAACGUACGUGUACAUACAAAAAUGUGUUUCAUUGUGCAAUAAUGGAGACGGUUGAAAAUUUGUUACUAGGUCAGUGCAGCAGGUUUCACUAUUUUGGGGAAAUUUAACGCUACAUCUAUAGGAGUUUUAAGAGCAUUUAAUAUUUUAAGAUAGAAGCUCGGCGCGCACCCUGCCUUGCACGAAAUUCGUUCUUCCCCCACUGCGACGAACUGCGUGCGAGGCAAAUCGCGAGCCAAGGUUUGUUUUUACGCCCUUUCUUGCGUCAAAUUAGGGUUGGCAAAAACUACGUCAGGUUGAUAUUUAAAAUAUCGACCUAUCGAUUGUACUUGAGGUAUAUGGCUGCAACCCUAUAAGAAAUUCUUGGAAAAAACGGCGCAGUGUUGCACUGGCUCUCUCCGAACUUGUCUCGCAUUAUUGAAAUAGGUGUAUAUUCGUGUUAGGGAGUAGCUAGGUGUGAUUGAUUGUCGGUGUGAGAUCAGUGUCGAUGCAAAAAAGAUCUAAUCUCUCCGAACGGACCACGCGCGUCAUUUGCAGCCCACUCCGAAUGCUCAUUCCCACUUGUCAAAUGUUCAAGAUCAAAAUAAAAACAACUUGUGCGUAUAUAAUAUUAAGGAAUAUAAGUUAAGUAUAUACAUUGUAUUACGUAGCUCUUGUGUAUUCGAUGUAAACUAUAAGCGUAUGCGAUGAGUACAAUUUGAACUGACUUUUGUCUUAAACGCGCCGAGCGUGCGAUUAUCCUUCCUUCUGUUAGAAGAACGCGCGCUCAUCUCUCAACAUAUUCACUUGUUUCUUACGUUCGACAUGACUCUCUAUAGGUUUAUAAACUAAUCAACUGUGAUUCAAACUACCUAUACGAAUGUUAAUAAAGGAUACAUUUUCCAUUA